AUGGAGUCACUGGUCAGCACGGGCACCGCGGAGCGGACGGCGCCGCCGCGGCCGCACGUCGUGCUGGUCGCCAGCCCCGGCGCCGGCCACCUCAUCCCGAUGGCCGAGCUGGCGCGUCGGCUCGUCGCGCACCACGGCCUCGCGGCCACGCUCGUCACCUUCGCCGACCUCUCCGCCCGCCCGGACGCGCACUCCGCGGUCUUUUCCUCCCUCCGCGACGCCGGCGUCGCCACCGCCGUGCUCCCCGCCGUCCCGCUCGACGACCUCCCAGCCGACGCCCGCCUCGAGACCGUGCUCCUCGAGCUCAUCGGCCGCUCCGUCCCGCACCUCCGCGCCCUGCUCCGCGACAUCAGCUCCGCCGCCCCGCUCGCCGCGCUGGUGCCGGACUUCUUCGUCGCCGUGACGCUUCCCCUCGCCGCCGAGCUCGGCGUCCCGGCCUACAUCUUCUUCCCCUGCAACCUCACCACGCUCUCCCUCAUGCGCAGCGCCGUGGAGCUCAACGACGGCGUUGCCUCCGGCGGGGAGUUCCGUGACCUCCCGGACGCUCUCCAGCUUCCCGGGGGCGUGUUGCUGCGCCGCGAGGACUACGGGGACGGGUUCCGGAGCAGCAAGGAGCCGGUCUACGCGCACCUCAUCGAGGAGGGCCGCCGGUACCGCGCCGCCGCCGGCUUCUUGGUGAACACCUUCUACGACAUGGAGCCCGGCGACGCGGAGGAGCUCAAGACUCUGGCGGCAAGAAGCACGUUCCCGCUUGCUUACCCAGUGGGCCCGCUCAUCCGGCCAAGCUCCGACGAAGACGCCGUGUCGCCGUGCAUAGAGUGGCUGGAUCGCCAGCCAACGGGAUCCGUGGUGUACGUCUCCUUUGGGAGCGCCGGCUCGCUGUCCGUGGAGCAGACGGCGGAGCUCGCCGCCGGGCUGGAGGACAGCGGUCACAGGUUCCUCUGGGUCGUGCGCAUGCCAAGCCUGGACGGCAUCGACUCCGCCACGGGUACCAUCCACGGUAACGACAAGGACGACCCGCUGGCCUGGCUUCCCGAGGGGUUUGUGGAGCGGACGAGCGGCCGUGGCCUCGCCGUGGCGGCGUGGGCGCCGCAGGUGCGCGUGCUCUCGCACCCGGCGACGGCGGCGUUCGUGUCGCACUGCGGGUGGAACUCGACGCUGGAGAGCGUGGCGUCCGGGGUGCCGAUGGUCGCGUGGCCGCUGUACGCGGAGCAGGGCGCGAACGCCGCGGUGCUGUCGGAGAGCGUGGGCGUGGCGCUGCGGCCGCGCGCGGCGCGGGCGGACGGGCUGAUGGCGUGGGAGGAGAUCGCGGCGGCCGUGCGGGAGGUGAUGGGUGGGGAGGAGAAGGGGCGCGCCGUGCGCCGCCGGGCCGGGGACCUGCAGCGGGCGGCGGCGCGGGCGUGCGCGCCUGGGGGGUCGUCCUGGCAGGUGCUGGAGGAAGUCGCCGGCAAGUGGAAGGCCGCGGCCGCCGCCCGGCAUUGACCAGGUUGUCGACUAGCAAGAUGCAACGCUGCCGCAUGCCAAGUGGUGAUGAUGGUGACUGACUGACUGUGUUAGGUGCAGCAUCAUCCAUCGUUGUUGGGCAACGUAGGCUGCUACUGUUAUGUUUCCAACUUUGCAGCAUCAUCUUAUGCUAUUUGUGGAAUA